AUGCCACCUCUAAUAUUACACCAUGUUCCAGAUGAAGAGCUUUACACUGGUGAUGAUGGACUUCAGAGGCCCUACGCCAUGUUAUUUGGAGGCGGAAAUGAUGGGAAUAAUUCGAGUGUACGGUCAAGGAGGCUAGUUCCAGAGACUGGAUCAUUCGGGAAAUCUACAAGGCGUUCAAGAUCACGAACAGGUACUCCAGCUGCCAAAAAAGAAGACCCAACUCUAGCAGCAGCGGAUGCAAUUUUCACUCAAUUUCUGGCACAGAAAAGUUGCGAAAACUCAGACUCAACUCAGCGAACCUCUAAUUUAAAUUCUAUUUCUCAGCUUAACCUUUCGAGUGCUUCAUGUGGCCAGAACGAUGGUAAUACUGUAAUUUCGAGGUCUACAAAACAUCGGGAUAAAGAACCUACAGAAGUUAUACUGCGCGGCUUCAGAUCUUCACAACAAUAUGCGGCGAUACGAGAAUAUGAACGAAUAGCUGGUAGAAUCUGUGAAGACUAUCCCCGAGACCCGCCCGUUGACCAGAGAAGAUACAAAGCUGACCUGCGCGAUCCUGCUUCCCUGCGUAAAAAGCCGUUAACUAUUGAAGAAAAGUUGAAAUCUAACAAAUUUGCCGGGGGAGAACAUUGGAUCAAAGUUACCUUCGAAUGUGCUGAAUUCGCCGAGACUGCGAUUGAAUGUUCACCACAAAAGAUACUUGGCCAUUGGGUCUUUGCAGAAAUAUAUCGAGGCGUUCCGCCAAACCUUGACGAAAUGAUUCCUGUUGAUAAUUCAAAAGCUACUGAUCCGAAUAAAUACGAGAUGUCUCUCAGACUAGGAGCAGCACCUGGAUUAGAUGUCGUAUCAAGUAACCUGCAUACGAGCUUAAUUGAACCAUCCAAGAACUACGCAGCGAUUGAACUCGAAGAUGAGGACAUCUCCCCUUUCGUCCCUCAGAUGUUGAAUUUAUCUGCAGGUAGUAGCACUGCUAAGGAAGGUUAUCCAACAGUAAAAAAAGUUAGUCCACCAGCCGGAGAAUUCUGCCAACGAAUACCAUCAGCCCGGAGAAUGACACUUCUCCCUGCUGAAGAAGCAUUAUUACCACAAUCAUCUCCAUUUCAGAGAUUUUUAAGUAAUCUUCCAUUUAUUGGCUGGAUUAGCAAAGAUAUCAUAGGUGGUGCGCUACCAAGAACAGAGCAGGGAGAUUUUGACUAUAAGAACGCUAGUAUAUACUGGAGAUUAAUGUGGCUUAUUCAGAGAUGCACCGGAAUUGUGCUUUUAGGUGACUCCAAGGAAGACUAG